AUGUCGGAACAGGACCGCCGCGAGUACCAGGCCCUCGUCGAUGCCCUGCGCGAGCAAACGGCCAAGGUCAACGAGUGGAAGGCGGCGAAUACGAGACAAGCGGGCACGCAGGCCUACAAUGACUAUGUGCAGAAUGUGACCAACUGGGAGCGCGGGAUUCGCGAGAAAAUCGCCGUGCUAGCCGCCAAGAUUGGGCUCAAUGCGCCGGCGGCCGGGCCCGCGGGACCCGAAUCGAUUCUUGGCGAUCUUCUGGGCCGCGUCGACGAGAUCCAGUUCAUCAUGGCGGUGAUGCGGCUGGCGAAUCAGGACAAGACAUUUCUCCACUCCAUGCUUUCCGCUUAUAAACGGCUGGAUGGUGGCGGCGCGAUGAGCUACGGUUCCCCAGCACCCGUCGCCUUACACUACGCCAUUCCCCAGCCCGGCGCCUCUGGAUUAGCAUUCGCCCCGCCAAGCGUCCCCGCCUCAUUUCUCCCCGCACCGAGCGCCCCGCCCGCCAAACCGCCUACGUAUACUGGCGGGGAGAAUGUUGAGAUUUGG